AUGGGCUUCAGAAUAAAGCAUAUAUUUCAGUGGAAUGUCCUAAAACGCAAACUAUCAUAUACUGCGAUGGUAUUGAUACUUAUUAGUGCGCUGUCAGUUGUAUCAAUCACUGUCACACUAAUCCUAUCCGUACUAAAGGAUGAGUUUAAAAAGGAAACAUGUGUAAACAUUUUCACAGUUGCAUUCACCAUGAUUGGCACUUUUCUAGGAGUGAUGUUGGUUAUUUUACGGAAUAUGAGAGAAACAUAUCCUCUGAAUAUAAUAAUGUUAAUUUUAUACGGAGCGUGUAUUUCUGUAGCUCAAGGAUACUCUAUCAUCAAUGUAUGUGUUCUAGUAAAAGUCGGAGCAUGGGCUAUUGCUUUCGUGUUGCUUUCAAUUUUGGUUCCGAUAGGUAUGGUUAUAAAGACUGACUUAAGUAAAUAUACAAGUACAUUAGUCAUUUACUUUGCUGCUGGACUUUUCAUAAUUACGGCGGUAUUUACCGGUCUGAUGAUAGCAGGUCACAAAAAGGUGGCUUUGGUUGUUCUUAUGGCCGGGGUACUGGCCAUAUUGAUUCCUAUUGCUAUCGAUUUCGGACAGCUUACAUUUGGUACAAAUUUCAGUUAUACUUUCUAUCGGGAUUACUGCAUGGCAUCAUUAGCUUUAUUCACUACGCUAUUGGCAUUUUUUGUUACCAGCAGUGUAGAAGUUCAUUUGAUUGAGCAGUUAAUCAAAAAUAAACUUCUAUAA